AUGUCGUCUCCCGAGCUAGACCCAGAACCCCAGGGCUCACCCCAGGUCCGCAAUCUGGAAAUCAGAGGCACGUGGGACGGUGAGGUCAAUGGGCGGGCAGAACUUAGGAUUUCGCUCGAGGUACAAGGCACCCCAAACACGCGGACACAAAUAUUUGACACUAGGUCGCCUACUGUCCUUUUGUGCAAAGCCUCAAUUCAAUUUCUAUCCAAGAAAUGGGGUCAGACUAGUCAGCCCAGCGAGGUUCCCCCUCAAAGCCCUCUGUUCGAAUUUUUUGAGCCAAUCUAUUCUGAUGGCGAGGAAGGCCGUAUGGACUGCGUAGGCUUUUCUGAAAUUCCAGAAGCCAUCAACGACCAUUCCUUUGUCAAAGUUUAUGGCGAAACGAGCUCUACAACUCGUGUACUGGACCCAGACCAUGAAGUUGACGGCUCCACGGAGAGGUCUUUAUUGCCUGGUGGACAUUCCCCUGGCUUACGUCCUAACUUUGCAAAACGCGAUGACCAGAGCAGAAUGUUGAACCUAGGGAAAAGAACUGCUACAGAUGCUUGCUUGGCAGAUGUUGACUCAAACUUGAAGGAUGCCCAACCAGACCGGAAAACUCCAUAUGAUGGUGACAUUCACAAUCCCGAUACGCCAGACUAUCGUCCAGAUGUACUAGAGAAAACAGCACACCCUGAAAGAGACGAUACGAUGGGAAAAAUAAGUCAACGGCGACCAUGUUCUUAUCAAGGGAUUUACAGCAAGCCAGCCUUACUGUCGGAGAUGGCUGUGGGAGUGAAACAGGCAUCCAACACAGAAAUAUGCCUUGCCGAUGCACAUGAUGGGGAAAGGCUGGAAAUCACCUCGGCAACUAAGAACCCUUGUGAAAUCAAAGACAUGGACAUCGGUGGUCAAGAUACAAUUCUUACAACCCUCAUUUCUUCCAGCCUUGGCCAGGAAAGCGCGUCCAGCGGCCCACCAAUGCCUCCUAUAUCUGGUACAGAGUCGGUGAGAGAACUUGAGACUUACUUGAUCAACAACCCCACAACUAGGCCAGCUCCACCGCUAGGAACAGAGCAAGAAGUAGGCUCAGAUUCUGAUAAUUGUGAACGAAAUCCCGCCGGGCAUUACGAACAUAAUCCCAAUGAUACCCACGAACCCGUACACCGUGUAUCUUCUGAGAACGAGCCCGAUUUCAACAUGGUUGAUAGUAUUCUCUUCGUUCAGCACCCGGAAAAUGUCCGCGCAGGAAUUUAUAAGGUCGUCGUCACCGUCUCGAUCGCUCUGCUCGGGAAGAUAUCCAAUGAUUGGUAUGAUCUAGUCAUACCAGGUCUGCCCAAGCUGACGACGGGGGAGAGUGGGUUCAUUCUCUUCCUGAUUCCUGACAAGUACGGUGUUGAAUUUCGCACUACAGAUCUCCGCAGAUUUAGAAUGGUGGAAGAUUGCUUGUUCGCUGAAUUUGUGAACAAGAGGGAUCUUGUGAUACCAAUGCGAUCUUUUGACCAGAGAAAUUAUGGCAUUGUCAAGGAUUUCGUCGUGGACCAGGAAAUUGAAGCACAUCCUUUAUUAAGCCCUGCCUUAGAGGAUAAUAAGCACACACAUUCAGCUUUGUCGGUGAGAUAUCAUGCAAUGUGCUCGCUGAGGUUACAUGAACGCUGCUUCUGGGCGGAGAAGUGCUGCUUCUUUCUCGACAUAGACGGAGGGCCAGAAGGGUUUUUCCAAUGCAGAUUCCAACCCCCGGAUACGAGCUUGCAGGUGGUCUACAUACCCAGUAGUAGUUCACAUUCAAUCGGUAUCUCCCACCUUCAAAUCAUAUGCUCACCAAGAGACUUGGAAAUGUUCUGCAUCAGUUGGCUAGUCAACAUGCCUUUCCCAGCAAGGAACUGGCUGCCGCAAAUCUAUCCUGGGUCAACAACUAAUGCUAAUGAACGAGCUAAGAGUCAACUUCGCGCUACGUUUACUAGGCUAUAUGCCAAUGCAUCCACUGGAGAACAAAGCUACCGAUGUACCAUAUCCGCUCUUGAAAGAGAAGAUGAAACCAGCGGAGGAAGUUCAGAAGCUGUGAAUGGUGGUGAUCAGUCUGGAGAUCCUGAACGGAUGGUCAGAUUUCAAUAUAUGGGCUCGGUAAUAGAAGCUAUUUCAAGGCCGUUAAGAGCCAUAUGGACGCCAACCAAUGUCCCUCUGCCUACCUGGAUAGCGUCUCGGAAAACCUUGUUUGUUCUCGCUCUUGGUGUUGCUUUUACAGUCUGUGGCACGCUGGGAUGCCUCCUCCUCAGCCAUGCAUACUCUAGAGCUUUCCGUCGGCCCUGGGGACCGGCUAUUGAGGCAAACGUUGGCUUGCAUGAUAAGUCGAGAGUGGACGGACAGAUUCCGGGUUGCGGGGAGCCGAGCUCUAAGUAUAACAACUUUACUGAGAGGGUUUUCAACCAAACCCCUGACAACAUUGACCACGCAUCGCUAUUCGAUAACAAUAACACUAGUAAUGAAGGAAUCUUGAAUCAGCAGGAAGCUAUUGAUUUCGAUGAAGACGUUAAGGAAGUUGAAGAGCAAGUACGAGCGGAAGAACAGACAGCUAACGCACCCGCACCAGUCGUGGAGUCAGGUAAAAAGUUUUCCUUGAGGGAUCAAAUCGAUUAUCUACUAGGUUGGAAAGGGCCCAUUUAUCGCAUGGCAUGA